AUGGAUAGAAGGUGCUGUAAUUGUUACAAAGAUUUGUUACCUUUGAUGGUUCUUGUUGGCAAUGAAAGCAUCAUUAUUGGUGUAUACACUUUGUUCAAAGCAGCUACUCUUCAAGGAAUGAGUAAAUAUGUCUUUGUUGCUUAUUCUUAUACUGUCUCAACCAUUCUCCUCCUUCCUCUCUAUUUUUUCUAUACGAGAACAACACAAGCUAAGGUUUGGGGAAGCAUUGUAUCAAUAUCAGGUGCAUUUAUAGUAACUUUCUACAAAGGAAAAUCAAUCAUCAUUGCACAGGAUUCAUCUUCCCCUCACCUUCAACAAUCAAAUCACAUUCUCACUUCAGUUGAUACAAAUUGGGUCAUUGGUGGCCUUCUGUUGGCACUAUCCAAUAUACUACUCACGAUAUGGUUCGUUGCUCAGGUGGAAAUCAUGAAGGAGAUUGAAGAUGAACUAACUUUAGUCUUUGUUCACAACUUAUUUACAACUAUCUUAGCUUUAAUUGUAGGUUUAUUAGCUUAG